UUCAUUCCCACAAUACAAAAUUAUAGCUUUGUUCUUCCUCUAUCAAUUUCAAAGCUUCAUAAAUCCAACCAUGGCUUCUUCCAUAUAUUUACUAGCAAUUCUCCUCUUCACAAUAGCCUCUAUGUCAAAUGUAACCUCAGCCAUGGGGGAUUGGUUUCAAGACUACAAUUGCCCUUGGCAUUCCAAACAAAGGCAUAGGAGUCCCCCGCCCCCACACCCGAGAACUCGACGGUUUCCACCACCUCCACAGUCGAAAACUCGACGAUUUCCACCACCACCACAUCCAUCACUGCCUUUGCCGCCACCCCCACAACCGAAAACUCGACGGUUCCCACCGCCCCCGCAGCCUAAAAGUCGACGGUUCCCACCUCCCCCGCAGCCAAAAACUCGACGGUUUCCUCCGCCACCUCCACAGCCGAAAACUCGACUAUUUCAGCCGCCACCCCCACAACCGAAAACUCGACGAUCGCCACCGCCACCACCAUCAUCACUACUGCCACCAUCACCAUUGCCAUCAUUAUUGCCUCCGCCGCCGCCGCCACCGCCACCACUGCCACCAUCACCACUACCGUCACCACCACCCCCACAACCAAAAACUCGACGGUCACCACCGCCACCCCCACAGUCAAAAACUCGACCGUCGCCACCGCCACCUCCACCGUCACCACUGCCCCCACCACCAUUGCCAUCACCGCCAUCACUACCGCCCCCACCUUCAUCGCGACCGCCCCCACAAAGCCCUAGAAAGAUCAUAGUGGGUGGCUCGGAGAAUUGGCAUCUUGGCUUCGACUACAGCAACUGGGCCCUUAAAAACGGUCCAUUUUUUCUCAACGACAUUCUAGUGUUCAAGUAUGAUCCUCCAACGGGCGCAACAGUUCCCCACAGUGUGUACUUGCUAUCAAACAUGCAAAGCUUCUCAAACUGUGAUCUGAGAAGGGCCACAAAGCUUGCAAAUUGGACACAAGGAAAUGGCGAUGGCUUCCAAUUUGUGCUCAAACAACAAAAAACUUACUACUUUGCCUGUGGAGAAGGCAAUGGCUUCCAUUGCAAAAAUGGAUCCAUGAAGUUCUCUGUCACACCAAUACUUCAGAGUUAGAACAACCCUUCUUCAAAUGGAUUUAUCUUAAUUAAAAUACUUUUCUUUUUAAACCCUUCACAAUAAUUUACUGUUUUACGAGCUUUAGUUUAAUUUCAAUUACUAAUUAGUACUUAAAUACUGUCGAAUAAAGAAUAUCCCAUAAUGGGAGAUCAUACUAUGCUAUCCUACUUUUGUUUUUAUGUA